GGUGGGUAAAACUUUAUUGACACAACUUCCGGUAACAUGAUUACAUCCAGCAUGGCGACCAGCAAGCCCCAAAAGAAGAAAAUGAAGCGUUAUUAUGAGGAGAAGGAUGAUACAAACGAGUCUGAGCCUCCCAAGGCUGCUCCAGAAACCGACAAGACACUCGAAGAUAAUCUGGAAAACCGCAAUGAAACAAACUCAAACAGAAUCCAGAAACCCCAAAAUAAUAAGCAAAUAUCAGGGGCGACAGAUCCCUUUCCUGGAUCCGCUCCAAUUCAUAAAAAACAACUAUCAAAAUAUGAUCGACCGAGAAAAUCAACAUUGGACAAAACAUAUAUGUAUCGUGCUAAGCAGCAGUUUAAAGCCCAUGAGGAGAAGGUACAGCUAGCGGUGGGUCUAUCAGCAAGGCAUGAUGUACUCCUGCCAGAGGAAGAAGGGUAUCUUGAGGCGGAUGAAGGGCAGGACACGUGUACAAUAUCUCAGGAGGACAUUGCAGAAGCUGUUGAUAUCACUAGUGGGUCCAAGCAUUUUAAACUGGUUCUGAAUCAGUUUGGCCCAUACAGAAUCAACUAUUCAGGAAACGGAAGGAACCUUCUCUUGGCUGGUCACCGAGGGCAUGUUGCGGCUAUAGACUGGCAGUCUAAGAACCUGAACAGUGAGAUGAAUGUGAUGGAGACAAUCAAUGAUGUAAGGUGGCUGCACACAAAUAACAUGUACGCUGUGGCUCAGCUGCGCUGGCUGCAUAUUUACGAUUCUACUGGAAUGGAACUUCACUGUAUAAAGAAGUUCAAUGACGUACUGCGUAUGGAAUUCCUGCGAUACCACUUUUUGCUGGCGACCAGCAGCGCAACAGGAUUCCUGCAAUAUUUGGAUGUCUCCAUUGGGAAGGAAAUAGUAGCUACGAAUGUGAAGUCGGGGAGACUUGGUGUCAUGUGUCAGAACCCCUACAAUGCAGUGAUACAUUUGGGACAUUCCAAUGGCACCGUCACUCUCUGGAGCCCUUCUAUGAAGGAGCCGCUAGUGAAGAUGUUGUGUCACCAUGGAGCUGUUCGAUCACUGAGUGUCGAUAAGACAGGGAUGUAUAUGGCGUCCUCUGGUCUGGACAGGAAGCUGAAAAUAUUCGAUAUCCGCACUUUCCGCCCCCUUCACGCUAGUGUUCUGCCAUUAGGAGCAGGAGCCUUGUGUCACAGCCAGAAGGGGCUCUUGGCUGCUGGAACCGGUAACAUUGUACAGGUAUAUAAAGAUACUCACCUCGGCCCACCUCAGGUCCCGUAUCUAUGUUUAUCUGUAAAGGGACCAAUUCAUGGGCUUCAGUUCUGUCCUUUUGAAGAUGUCUUGGGCAUCGGACAUGGAGGAGGUUUCACCAGUAUGAUUGUUCCAGGCGCGGGAGAGGCUAACUUUGACGCUUUGGAGUGCAAUCCAUAUGAAAACAAAAAACAGCAACGGGAAUGGGAGGUGAAAGCUUUACUGGAGAAGAUUCCAUCAGAAUUAAUCACUCUGGACCCCACUCAGCUUGGAGAAGUUGAUGCUGCAACAAUGGAGGAGAAACAUAAAGAGCAAGUGGAAAGACUGGGAUUUGAUCCCCACGAGAAGACGCGUUUUGUUCCCCGACGUAAAUUAAAGGGUAAAAGUUCAUCGGCCAAUCUGCUCAAACGCAAAAAGAAGGUGGCGCAUGAACGGCAGAGGGAACAGAUUCGGAUGAGCUUAGAAGACCAGAAGGCCAAAGAACACAAUACGAAUGACAGCAAAGCUCCUCAGAGUCACAGGACAACCCUGGACAGGUUUAAGAAGUGAAAAGAGCCAAGUAACCUCCCUGCAGCCUCUGGUCAAAGAAUGUGCCAGUACGGGUCCCUCACUUUUAAACACUCAGUGAGUGUCAAAUUCAGGAUUUAUUUUAUUAAAGUCUCAGAGGCCAGAUGUGUUGAUUGCCAUCUUAGAUUUUAUAUUACUUUGUUUUAACUUCUCCAAUGUCAGAGGGGAUAAUCAUCUGGAUCAACAUCAUGUGAAUCUUAGAGGGCCAGCCAGCCAUAAAUCAUUCUGGAGCUUGUUUACGGAGGAGAGAAUCAAGGUGAACUGAAAACUGAAUUGCAACAUUCUGGCUAAAACAGGCAAGAUUGUUGAAGACUUUUUAUCCACUCAAACCUGCCAUUUCAGCCACAUUCUGCAUGUUGGUUUUCCAUUUACUAUUGUAUAAUGAAUAAACCGCUAUCUAAUAGACUGUAUUGGGGCUCUAUCCUGUCACUUCUUACUGUGUAAAUAUGUUUCAUAAUAAAUAUCUUCAAACCUU